ACGGGGGCCAGCAGGGGCCAAUCCUUGGCGUACGGGGGCCGGUGGGGGCCAAUCCCAGCGCACGGCGUUUCCCAGCACCCCCCGCGGGCGGAUUGUACACAAUCAUCAUGGCUGCCGCCUCUGCCUCCGCUGAGGAAGUUGAUGAACCUGGUAUGGAAACAGAAGCUCAGAAACUGGAGCUCUGCUGUGGAGAUGCUGGGGAAAGCAAUUCCUCCGCGGCUGGAAAAGCCCUGGAAAUGGACCAACUGCACGAGGAUUCCGACAUUUCACAGGCUUCAGUCAGCAACGGUGGGGAUUCCGAGACUGGGAAGGAACUAGUAGAAUUAAAAAUCAUUUGGAACAAAAAUAAAUAUGAUGUGAAGUUCCCGCUUGACAGCACAGGGGCUGAUCUGAAAGAGAAAAUCCACUCACUCACAGGCCUUCCACCCACUAUGCAGAAAGUCAUGUUUAAAGGACUUCUACCAGAGGAGAAAACAUUACGGGAAAUCAAAGUAACAAAUGGUGCAAAAAUAAUGGUUGUUGGUUCAACUAUCAAUGAUGUGCUAGCAGUAAAUACUCCCAAAGAAGCUGCUCAACAAGAGGUGAAAUCUGAAGAAAAUAAAAAAGAGCCUCUUUGUAGACAAAAGCAACACAGAAAAGUAUUGGAUAAAGGAAAACCUGAAGACGUGAUGCCUUCUGUUAAGGGUGUUCAGGAGCGCCUGCCGACAGUGCCCUUAUCCGGCAUGUACAACAAAACAGGGGGGAAAGUGAGGCUGACCUUUAAACUAGAGCAAGAUCAGCUGUGGAUAGGCACUAAAGAGAGAACAGAAAAAAUACCCAUGGGGUCCAUUAAAAAUGUGGUGAAUGAACCUAUUGAAGGACAUGAGGAUUAUCACAUGAUGGCAUUUCAACUGGGCCCUACGGAAGCAUCUUACUACUGGGUCUACUGGGUCCCUACUCAAUAUGUUGAUGCAAUCAAAGACACAGUCCUGGGCAAAUGGCAGUAUUUUUGAAAGCACGCUCACCUCUGGCACAGGAGACUGACACAAAACAAAGGACACUGCUGGGAGAGGCCUCCGACAUCCCUGGAUUUGACAGUCCUGGAACUUUAUUAAUAAAAUAUGAUAUAACGAGGCAUUGACGGAAGCCAGAGGUGAUGUUCUUUCACCAUUAGUUUACUUUUAACUUAAAAAUUUCAGCAUCCCUUUUCUGCAGUCAGCUUCAAUCAUAUUUAAAGUAAAUACAAUGGAAAUCAAUAAAUCUCAAUUCAUAAAACAUUGUGUGUAAUACACUUAAAUCUGCUGAGAGUAGAUCUUCCAAUUUAGUUUUCAGAAGAAAAUAUUACAAUGUAUUGUUGAAGAUUUUUUUACUUGAUUUGAACAAAAGACAAAUAUUUUCAUAAUUCUUCAGUUACAAACAGACUUAAUUUAGUUAUUUGGUUGUGAUUGAGAGUUUGAAAACAGUUUUUAAAAAAUUUUUUAAACAGUAUGCAAAAUUGGGGUUUAGUAAGCCAUAUUACACUGGCCCUUUUAUUUCAGGUUUCACUUCUUUUAGUAGCAACAUUUUAACUUUUUUUUUAAACCCAAAGAUGCCCAGUUCCUCUGUUUGUUUGUUUUUAUACCAGCAGCUCUGGGAUGAUGCUUGCAAUGUUGCAUAUUGGGAGCAGGAAGAUACCACUGUAGACUUUCUGUAGCCAAGAUGGCUUGGUGCUGCUUCUAUCCCAUUUCAUGCAAUUUGUCAUUCUUCGUUGCUUGCAUAGCUCUGUCCCUUUGUCUCUUUCAGGGGGAUUCUGUUUCUAUGAGCAUCUUCUUUACCUUUUAUGUUGGGGUCCAAAAUCCUAUUGCAGCAAAGUUGUAACACUGACCUAGUUGGCUGAGUUAGUAUUGAUUUUUCAAUCUGCACUCUGCAAAGGACUCCUGGAGUCAGUGCACUGCAAUUGUAACAAAGAUGAUGCUAAAGGAAGUGAACCAAAGAGACCUUCCUAUUAAUUGUUGGGAUAAGCUGGCCAAGAUGCCACUUGAUUUGGAUACUGCAUAAAUAGGUAGAAUAGUCAGUCCUUUGUGAUCUGGGUUUGAAAAGUCCUAGUAAUAUAGUUCAGUGAGUCUUACGAAGUUUUGUAUAUGCACCCAACCACUGACCUUUAUCUUUAAAGGGUAAAGAUGGUAAGGCUCCAUUUCAGCUUUUCUUUCCUCAAGUUUCCAACAAAUUAUUCUAGUCCUUUCCUCUAGUUCUUUCUGAAGUAAUGUCCCUCAUCUGUGGCUCAUGAUAUUUUGCCUGUCAACUUAGCAGUUAAGUUAAAGUGCCAUUUAUCUCAGGUUUUCUGAGUGGACCCUUUCAGUCCUGGAAAGGUUCACACCCUUAACGGAUUGUAUUGCACAGCAAGGCUGAAUCAGUCCUGCUAUCCGUUUAACCUGCAUAUAACAGAUCACUGUUCUGAUUUUUAUCUCCUGUUUUUUAAAAAAAAAACACUGUACACUUCUUAGUAUUGUUUGAUACGCGUAGUUCAAAAUUUUGUGAAAUUGGUAGGGAAACAUCCCUCUCUAGCAAAGGCUAAAUUUAACAUAUUCCUUGUCUAUAUUUCAUUUUAUUUGAAAUAACCAUGUUGAAACUCAGCAGAUACAAAUUCCUGAAUGAGUAUUUUUAUAAAAAUAGAUGGGGAGGGGGUCAGUUAUGGUGAUGGCUUUUUUUUUUUUCAAAUAUGGUGGUUGAAAGUCAAUUUGGAUUAAGGUUCUCUGUCUGCCUGUAGACUAUUGGUGGCAACGUAAUUUUGGUUCUGAUUUGUCUUUCCAGUUUGAACAUCCCUGCAGUAUAAAUCGGUGUUAAAGGUGUUCUUCUCCCCUUGUUUAUAAAUUGGUCACAUGCAUGUUACACUUGUAGCUUGAGAUACUUCCUUUUCAUAUGAAAACUGGUACUAAUGUAUCUUGCCAUAUAAUAUAUACAUUAUAACAGGGAUAGUUUUGAAGUAGUACAAUGUCAGUUUCCUAGGACAACCUCUGAAAGUUCUUAGCAAGUACAUUAAUUCUGGUAAUAGAGUUGCUGUCAGUUCCAUUACCUUUGAGCAAUAUGUAAAACUUAAAUGCAGAUAUCAUGCUUUUUAUUUUCUAAUGUCCAAUUUUAGUAUUAAGGCUAAAAGUGCAGUAUAUGAAGGAAGGUGUAUGUGCUGUACCUACAGUAGACACAACCACACUCUACAUCAGUGCACAGCAAGAGGCAGUGACACACAUGUAGCAUUUUCUGUCCCUCAUACUCAUUCACCUACACCCUCACCCAGCCUUGCUGAUUCAGCGACUAUCAGCUUGCACACGCUGCCUCACUUACCCCUGAACUUGUCCAUAAACCCACUUGAGUUCCCUUUCCUGUGCUUUCAUUGACUUCUCAUUUGAAAGGCCCCAGUGCAUUCUGUCCUGUUUUGCAACUCCUUCUAAACACUCCAGUGAACUCAGUGUUCACACUCAAUAAUGUGGCUGAGCGCACACUACCACCAGUGCUUGUAGUUCUGUGGUAGUGUGCACACGCGACCUCACCACUUCCAAGAGAGUAAGGGCACGGAAUCCAGUGUAACAUUUCAUGUUCCUGUUUGCUCCUUCCCUGAGGCCUUUAUUGAUUCUACAUCCUGUGCCUGGUAAAAUAGAUCACUGAUAUUUAAAAGGACACUGUCAGUUAAAAUAUUCUAGAUCUUUACUUGUGUUACAAACAUUUUAUAUUAUUACAAAUGAAGAAAAAUAUUAAAUUCAAAUGUACUUGUCCCUGUUUAUGUUCCUUGUUUCCUUUUUACCAUCAUCUGAUUUAGAACAUGAAAUCUGUUUAGUUUUUGUUCACCCAAUUUUACUUUCAGAUUCUAAGGACAGUUGUUUGGGUUACAACACAGCAAGGGGAGAUGUGUCUAACCUGUUUUCAUUGUUGGCUUUGGGUUUUUUGGCUAUGUUUAUUGGUUUGGGGUUUUAUGAAAGUUUCUUAAAUUCAACCUGAAAUAUUAAUUUUAAAGUUGACAGUGCUCCUUCAAGUUAUCUCAACACUAUUUGGAGUGACAUGAAGCUUUGUGUCUUCUGGUAUUACCUAAAAAAGUAACUUAGGCUAUGUCUACACUGGCACUUUUUUCGGUAAAACUUUUGUCAGUCAGGGGCCUGAAAAAAUACACCCCCGACCGACACAAAUUACAUGGACAGAAGUGCUGGUGUGCACUGCGCUGUGUCGGUGGGAGACGCUAUCCCACUGACAUAGCUACCACCGCUCGUUCGGGGUGGUUUAAUUGUGCCGGCAGGAGAGCGCUCUCCGUUGGCAUAGAGCGGCUACACAGGAGACCUUAUAGCAGCGCUGCUGUAUCGGUACAACAGUGCCGCUGUAAGGUCUUUAGUGUAGACAUAGCCAUAGUUAACUUUGUUCAUAAAAACUUAGAAAUACACAAUAACUUCAGCAUACGUUCUACAGGCUGCAGAGUCCAAGUUCAAGAGCCAUUGGCUACUCUGUGUCUUUACACUGAAUUCUCCUUAUGUAACCAUGGGAAAUUCCUUGUUGGAUCCAGGUUAUCCAUUGGUCCUAAGAGCCCAAGGAGCACAUGGGCAGUGACGGAGUAAAGAGUACAUUGGUAUAUCCUUAAGUAAUAAAAUAAUUUAUUACAAAAUAAGUGUUAGAGGUAAAGUACUAAUAAAAUAUAUAUUUCUAGACUGGCUGAAUAAGAUUGUUAAAGAUCAUUCGUAUAGUCCUUCUGUAGUGAGUUUGCAAUAAUUCUUAAUUAUGCUUAUGAACAAUACAGAAGUUGAGUUCCUUCAGUUAUUUUCACAUUACACCCUUUAAUAGGGGGUUCUGUUCCCUAUUCUAAAAGAAUGUAAUUCCCAAUUAAAUGGGAUAUAGCACCCCAUAAUUAAGUAGUAGCGUAGGUGCUUUGCCCCACUUUUAUGGUUACUGGCAAGCAGUGAAAGUAUUUGGAAUGCAAGUGAGGAUAUUUUUGGUGGGAAUGAGGAGGAAAGUAUUUCCAUGCACACAGAUCCUAGAUGCUUUUCAUAUGUUGUAUGGCCAAAGUAUCCAUUUUAGCUAUUCUAGGUGCCAUACUUCUUUGAAGUACACUAGCACCAACCCAUGGAAGUGAGGAGCCUCACUGAAGUCGAACACCUCACGGUGCUGGAGCUGGUGCUACCCUUACUGAUGUAGUACAAGCCCUUCACUGUAUUACUUUUGAUCUUUCCUUGCCUGGAUUUCUCAUUUAUCUCUGCUUGUUUAGAUUAUAGUAUUCACUCCAUAACUCUCUACAUCCCAAGUGUAAACGCCUUCCUGAUAGUAUUUGCAAAUCAGUACAAUAAAUGUUUUUAAAUUUUUGCUAGGCACAAAUAUCAACUACAUCAACUCUUAUGCUCAGUCAUUUUUGUAUGAAGAAUUUUUAAUACCUGUAGGUUUCCCAUGUUAAGUUCAACCUUAAAGUAAAUCAUGCAUUUUUCUUAGCACCAGUAAGUACAUCUCAAAGAUAGUGUAUUACUAGCUAGGAUAAGGAUGCUCUUGUGGUGGUUAGUUGGGCAAAGUCACAAGAGAAAAAGUGGUUCAGGGGAUGGAUCAGUUAAGAAACUGAUAACCUGCAAUACUCUAACUUGUAGCACAUGCAUACAACCUGAUAAAUUAUGUAGCUGUUUCCACACAUUGUAUCCACCAUUUCAUAUGAUAAGGGCCAAAGAUAAAAAGUUCAUUUGCAAUGCCAUUUAUAUCAAAGGUGCCAUAUUUUGGUGGGGUUUUCUUCCUUUUUCUCUUUUACCAGACUCCAGCUUUACCUCAGAAUAACUGCUGAUGCAACUAUCCGGGCACUGGCAUGUUCUCCUCAGAGCACAUGCUCUGUACUCUGUGAUCCAGUUGGUUGGUGUGCCAACUCAGUGCUACAAGUUUUGCUUUCAAAUUCUCCUUUCACUGUUUACUCCUCUCUGUCUGUCUCUGUCACUAUGCUUUCCCAAGGCACCUGUUUCAUUUGGAGAUUCGUACUCUAGACUUUCACUGCCUGAUAGGAGUUGAUUCUUUAUUAUGUUUAUUGUCAGGAUCACUUUUAUUAUACUUGAGGGAAGCCAGGAUCGCUGUAGCAAGUCAUAUGUAGAACACAUGGUCAUUUUACCUUCCAGCAAAAGAUUUCCUUUGUGUGGCUCAAAGAAGUUUACUAUGUCUUACCCAUAUUCUAGGCAAUUCAUUCUUUGGUUCUGUAUGUUUAAAAAAAAAAAGACCAUGUUUAAGUUUUCACUGCAGAAUUAUUAUAAAAUGGAAUAUGUAAGUACCAUAUUUAUGGUAUUUUAAAAUAAUCUAUUACCUAUUUUGGAGGAGGGGGAGAUGACAAAUAUUUAGUCUUAGAUUUGCACUGCUGGAUUUUUUUAAGCAUAACCUUGACUGGUUAUCCUAUUGUUUUAUUCUGUAAAAUUAGUCUUUAUCUAUUAAAGUUUGAUAAUUAAGCA